AUUCCAUAAUUCACCCAAUCCCGCCAAUCGAAUCUAGAAUCUUCCUGUAUAUAAACCCUUGGUUUCCCUCCAUUGCUAUUUCCCACCAUUUCUCUGAGAAAAUUGAAAUCAAACCCUAACCCUAUAGGCGAUACUUUCCGAAGUAGAAGAUGUUGGAACUCCGUCUCGUUCAAGGUUCGCUUCUGAAGAAGGUGUUGGAGGCGAUCAAAGAUCUAGUCAACGAUGCUAACUUCGAUUGUUCAGCCAGUGGGUUCUCGCUCCAGGCCAUGGAUUCCAGCCAUGUCGCCCUCGUUGCUUUGCUCCUCAGGUCGGAGGGCUUUGAGCACUAUCGUUGCGACCGCAACCUCUCCAUGGGCAUGAACCUCAACAACAUGUCUAAGAUGCUAAAAUGCGCCGGCAACGAUGACAUCAUCACCAUUAAGGCCGAUGAUGGAAGUGAUACUGUCACAUUUAUGUUUGAAAGUCCAACACAGGAUAAGAUUUCUGAUUUUGAGAUGAAGCUGAUGGACAUUGACAGCGAACACCUUGGAAUUCCCGAGGCUGAAUAUCAUGCAAUUGUUCGGAUGCCUUCAGCAGAGUUUGCUAGGAUUUGCAAGGAUCUAAGCAGUAUCGGUGAUACAGUUGUAAUUUCGGUUACUAAAGAAGGAGUAAAGUUUUCCACCAGGGGAGACAUUGGAACUGCAAAUAUAGUAUGUAGGCAGAACACUACCGUGGACAAGCCUGAGGAAGCGACUGUUAUAGAGAUGAAUGAGCCUGUAUCGUUGACAUUUGCUCUAAGGUACAUGAACUCAUUUACAAAGGCGACCCCAUUGUCUAACACAGUGACUAUCAGCCUGUCAAAUGAUUUGCCAGUUGUGGUUGAGUACAAGAUUGCUGAGAUGGGUUAUGUCCGUUUCUAUUUGGCCCCUAAGAUAGAAGAGGACGAAGAAGAGACCAAGCCUGAAGCUUAGAUUUUGAUUUGGUUUGUGAGAUCUUUAAUUGUUUUAGGAAUUAAUGUAUUGUACACUUGUGGGCUGGAAGAGUAGUUAAAAUUUCAUAUAUGGAGCAUUCUUCCUUUCCCACCUCUUGGUUUCUGUGUAUCAGACCACUUUAAACAGGGAAUCUGUUCUUUUCAUACUUAAAUUCAAAGUGGCUCCUGUUUUGUAGCAA